AUGUCUCACCGCAAGUACGAGGAGCCGCGUUCGGGUUCGCUUGCCUUCCUUCCCCGCAAGCGUGCCGCCAAGCACCGUGGUUACAUCAAGUCGUUCCCCAAGGAUGACGCCAAGAAGCCCGUUCACCUUACCGCCCACCUCGGCUACAAGGUCGGCAUGACCCACGUCGUCCGUGACCUCGACCGCCCCGGCUCGAAGAUGCACAAGCGUGAGGUCGUCGAGUCGGCUACCGUCAUCGAGACUCCCCCCAUGGUUGUUGUCGGUGUUGUCGGCUACGUCGAGACCCCCCGCGGUCUCCGUUCGCUUACCACCGUCUGGGCUGAGCACCUCUCCGACGAGGUCAAGCGUCGCUUCUACAAGAACUGGUACAAGUCGAAGAAGAAGGCCUUCACCCGCUACGCCAAGAAGCACGCCGAGAACAACGGUGCUUCGGUCGCCCGCGAGCUUGAGCGCAUCAAGAAGUACGCCACCGUCGUCCGCGUCCUCGCCCACACCCAGCUCCACCUCACCGGUCUCUCGCAGAAGAAGGCCCACCUUGCCGAGAUCCAGGUCAACGGUGGCUCGAUCGCCGACAAGGUCGAGUUCGCCAAGGCCAACUUCGAGAAGACCGUCGACGUCACCUCGGUCUUUGAGAAGGACGAGUGCAUUGACCUGAUCGCCGUUACCAAGGGUAAGGGUUACUCGGGUGUCAUCUCUCGUUGGGGUGUUACCCGUCUUCCUCGCAAGACCCACCGUGGUCUCCGUAAGGUCGCCUGUAUCGGUGCUUGGCACCCUUCGAAGGUCAUGUUCUCGGUUGCCCGUUCGGGUCAGGACGGUUACCACCGCCGUACCACCAUCAACCACAAGAUCUUCCGCAUUGCCAACGCCAAGGAGGAGGGCUCUGGUUCGACCUCGUACGACCUCACCCCCAAGAGCAUCAACCCCGUCGGCGGUUGGUCGCGCUACCCCGACGUCGUCAACGACUUCGUCCUCAUCAAGGGUUCCGUCCCCGGUGUUCGCAAGCGUGUCAUCACCCUCCGCAAGGCUCUCCGCACCCACACCAGCCGUGCGCACCUUGAGCAGACCGACCUCAAGUUCAUUGACACCUCGUCGAAACGCGGCCACACCCAAUGGCAAACGCUCGAGGAGAAGGCUCAGUUCCUCGGUCAGCUCAAGAUCAAGGCCUAA